AUGAUACCGAAAGAGAAUUACGAAAAGGACUCACAUGUUGAGUAUACAAACGAAAAACAAACAAUCUUUUACGAUUUAGAGAGUCAUAGGGAAAUAACCCCUGCAACUAUACCAGACUCACUUGCACAAGAACAAGAACAAAAACAGGAACAAUCAAAAAAUAAAUUCCAUUCAGGAAUAUUUGGUAAACUUGCAUAUUUAUCUAAACGACUUGAUAACCUUGGUGUGGAGAGUACAGGUAUUGAUAGAAUUCCUCCAUAUGAACGUGGUUCAUCAAAAUUAUUUUUACAUGUGGCCGGUUUAUGGUUAAGUGCCACUGGUGGGUUAUCAUCAAUGUCAUCAUUUUUAUUAGGCCCAUUAUUAUUUGAAUUGACAUUUAAUCAAUCAAUGGUAUCAGGUCUUAUUGGUAUGGCCAUUGGAUGUGUCGUUGCGGCAUAUUGUUCCACAAUGGGUCCUCAAUCUGGUUGUAGACAAAUGGUUACUGCCCGUUAUUUGUUUGGUUGGUGGUUUGUUAAACUUGUUGCUUUAGCGGCUAUUAUUGGUGUCCUUGGUUGGUCUGUUGUAAAUUCUGUCGUUGGUGGUGAAAUGUUAGCAGCAAUAUCUAAUGAUAAAGUCCCAGUAUGGGUUGGUAUCCUUAUAGUUACAUUUUGUUCAUUCUUUGUUGCUGUAUUUGGUAUACAACAAGUAUUAAAAGUUGAAACAUAUUUUGCUGUACCUGUAUUAACUACAUUUCUUUUGUUAUACAUUUCAUCAAGUGAUAAAUAUGAUUUGAUUCAUGCCAUAGAUAAUUCAACACUAUCAAAGGAUACACUUAAAGGUAAUUGGUUGAGUUUUUUCUCAUUAUGUUAUAGUAUUACUUCUACAUGGGGGUCUAUUACCGCAGAUUAUUAUAUUUUAUUUCCAGAAGAUACCUCUCAAUAUAAAGUCUUUCUUUUAACAUUAUUUGGUACUUUAAUACCAACUUUAUUUGUUGGUAUUCUUGGUCUAUUAUUAUCUGCUGUAGCUGUGACAUACCAACCAUGGAAUGAUGAAUAUAAUACACAUGGUAUGGGUGGUCUUUUAUGGUCCGGAUUUUCAAGAUGGAACGGAUUUGGUAAGUUUUGUGUGGUGAUUUUGAUUUUAAGUUUAAUUUCAAAUAAUAUUAUCAAUACUUAUUCUGCUGCAUUUUCAAUUCAAUUAUCAAGUGUCUUUUGUAGUAAAAUUCCACGUUGGUUUUGGUCUAUUGUUUGUACUAUAAUUUAUUUGGUCUGUGCCUUGGUUGGACGUAAUCAUUUUAGUACCAUUCUGGGAAAUUUCUUACCAAUGAUUGGUUAUUGGAUUAGUAUGUAUUUCAUUUUAUUAUUUGAAGAGAAUCUAAUCUUUAGGAAAUUCUUCUUACAUAUGUAUACAAAGGAAUUUCCAAUCAACCAACAGGAGGACGAACAAAAUGAACAAGAAGAAACUAAUAUUAAUUCAAGAAGAGCUACAAACUUACAUUUAUUAAAACGUAAACACAUUGCAGCUCAUCAUAGAUACAAUUGGGAUCAAUGGCAAAACUAUGAUGCCUUAACACAUGGUUACGCUGCUACAUUUGCCUUCUUAUGCGGUGUAGCAGGUGUCGUGGUGGGUAUGGCUCAAGCUUACUGGAUUGGACCUAUUGCAAGAAAAUUCGGUGAAGCAGGUGGUGAUAUUGCUAUGUGGUUAUCGAUGGGAUUUUCAGGUAUAGUAUAUCCAUGGGUCCGUUACUUAGAACUGAAAAGAUUUGGUCGUUGA